GUUCGUGCUCGCAAUAGGUGUCCACAGCGAAGCCGCGUGAGUCGCGAGAUCUCGGGAGUCCCCGUAGCGUGUGCGAUCAAGAGUGAUCUUCGACCGUUUCGAGUGCUGAAGCUGCAUUAUCAUCACCGUCAUCUCAUACCAUACACACUUUGCUGUUUUUUUUUGGGUUUUCGUUGCGUGUGGGUUCGUGUUCAGCAUUGCGCGUUCUCGUGCGUGCGCCAGCAAGUGUUUGUUUGGUUCAUUGAUCGAAUAUUUGGCAGUGAACCGUAGGGCAAGUGGUAUGUACGCGAUCGGCGUGCUGUUGUGCAGAUUGUCCUUUUGUGUUCGUGUGCUCGAUAUUUAAGAAAUCGCAUCGUGUGUCUCCGAGUGUUUAAGCCGUGUCUUUAACGUUGAAUAAUUCUGUGAGCAAAAUAGUACGUGCACAUUCAAACAGUUGCUGUCCAAGGUGUCGUAUACAGAUCCAGUUGGGCAGUUUGUUUCGGCACACGAGUGACGACAAAAUGAAACAGUGCUCGCUGUCGGUGUGCUUCUGGUGAAUUCGACGCAAAUCGUGCAUUUGUGAAAAUCCCGCUCGAACUGUGGCAGGAAAAACCUUUCUAAAAUAUUAUUUCCUAUUAGUGUACUAAUAAAAAAACGAUUCCUCCAAAAUGAUGAUGAACGCUUUCAUGGACAGUGGCUCGUCGGCGGCCCAUCAUUCGCAUCUGGCCACGUUCGGCAUCAAGAUGUCACCGGACCACCUCGAACAGAGCAGUGAAAUCGAAUCCACGGCAAGUUCGGCCGCCAGUGCAAGUCUGGCGGCCGCUGCUGCAGCUGCCGCCGCUAGUAUGCUUCCACCAGGUGCUGCCGGAUCCGGAGCAACCGGUACGGGCGUCGGUACUUCCGGUUCCUCCAAUGCGAACGCCUCGGAUGCAAUGUUUUAUCAUCAUCAUCCCCAUCAUCCCCAUCAUCACCACCAGAGCAGCCCCUCGAAUGGGGCUGGCGGAGGGAGCAGUGGCAGUGGUGCCGCCUACAACUCACACCAUCUUUCGCCACCCUCCCACAUGUCCAGUCAUGCGAUGGCACCGUACCAUUCGCGCGAUUUCCUUUCGCUCAAGCGUGACAACGAUUACUUCAGCACGGCGGCAGUGGCUUCGAGUGCAGCGGCAGCCUCAAGUGCGGCGGAUCCUUCCUCGCUGUUUGCUGCCGCCCAUGAGAACCCGCUAAACCAUCAUUCGGCGGCGGCAGCCGCUGCCAUCGGGCACCACCCGUUUCAUGCCGGUGCACAUUCGAUGCGAGCGAUGGCGGCCGCAGGACUAGCGACCGCGAGUGAUUAUACCCAUCCGUACGCACAUCAUGCGCACCAUGCGCAUCACCAGAGCAACUACGCCUCGGCCAUGCACCACCAUCACCAGCAUCACCCGCUCGCGAACCUGCCCGUCAAUCCCGGCACGUCCGGUGCGUUUUUCCGCUAUAUGCGCCAUCCGCCGGCCAUUAAGCAGGAGAUGCAGUGCCUAUGGGUAGAACCGGAACUGCCACCACACCAUCAUCAUCAUCACCAUCUCGGGCUCGGGCUGACGGCACUGGCCGCUAGUAUCGGUGGUGCCGGUUCGGACGGCGGUAGCCGCAAAACGUGCAACAAGAUUUUCAGUUCGAUGCAGGAGAUCGUGACACACCUGACGGUGGACCACGUCGGUGGACCGGAAUGUACGACACACGCCUGCUUCUGGCUCGGUUGCACGCGCAACGGAAGGCCGUUUAAGGCGAAGUACAAGCUGGUCAAUCACAUUCGUGUGCACACGGGCGAAAAGCCCUUCCCGUGUCCAUUUCCGGCCUGCGGGAAAGUGUUUGCCCGUUCGGAGAACCUGAAAAUCCACAAACGAACUCACACCGGUGAAAAGCCGUUCAAGUGCGAGCACGAGGGAUGCGAUAGGCGAUUCGCUAAUUCAUCCGAUCGAAAGAAACAUUCACACGUCCAUACAUCUGAUAAGCCGUAUAACUGUCGUGUUAAUGGUUGUGAUAAAUCGUACACUCAUCCAUCAUCGCUGAGGAAACACAUGAAGGUCCACGGAAGUUUGGGUGAGAAAUCUCCAUCGCACAACUACGACAGUGACGGUGAAGAGUCCAGCUCGGAGAGUGUCAUUUCGGGCGGAACUCAAACACCACCAUCGAUUGGCCGAUUACACGACACGCACGGUCACAGUUCGCACGGUUCGAGCAAGCUCAGUGCGGCCGCUGAUUCACUGCAUGGAAACAACAACAACAACAACAGCAGCAGCAACAACAACAACAAUAAUACUAGCGGAACUGGCAGCAAUGCCGGCAACAAUGGCACCUCCAAAUCAAGCCUUCUCUCGCCGCCGCUCAGUGGCAGUGGAAGUGGAGGUGGUGGCGGUGCCAGCGGAAACAGUGGAACGUCAUCUUCGACAUCGUCAUCGCAUCUUAGCCAAAAUCAACACCACAGUCUGCAUUCGGCCGCGUCGCACCAUUCGCACCAACAUCAUCUGGCGUCGUUGCAGAACCAUGCGACAAGUCUUGCGCCUCCACCACCACAGCUACCCCUGACGCCGGCCUCCUCCGUGUCUCCGCAGGCGACCACACCGUCCUCGAUGCUGGUGGGGCACCAUCACAACCACCACUUGCUGUACCAUCAUCCGCAGCACCAUCCGAACGAGUGGUACUCCCCAACGCCCCCUGCUGGACCGGACACGAUGAAUCAUCUGAACCAUUUCAGCCACCACCACCAUCACCAUCUGGUCCAUCACGGACCGACGACGGCCUAUUGAGACUAGCUGCUGCUGGAGGAGCUGUGCUUUAAUUACUAAGCAUCCGGGUGCGAUCGAUCUCGUUACCUCCCGUUAGGGGAGGCAUGCCUGUCACAACGGGAACAGCAAUCGCUGAGUAGCAGUAGCGCAAAAUGUCAAACGUCUCAUCAGCUCCUCAUUUUGCCCGAUAGAGAGCGGCUCUCUGUCGGCAUUGAACGCUUCACCAAGCACACAAUAUACCAAAAAACAAAAUGAAGAAUGAAGGUAACAAAUGCAUGAACAUACAUAUUUACCUUUCCCUAAUCAAACCCCAGCCUCACGGGUGGGCCGCCUAACAGAAGAAGGAAGUGUACGAACAUACCAACUCAAACUGAUACCAUUUUGUGCCUGUGUCAAUAAUGCCCGCUGAAAAUGGCUAACACCGCUGGCAUUGUCAGUGGGCCGGAAUGUUCAACGGAAUCAGUUUGGUUAGCAGCUUGCUUUGCUCCUGGUUUUCCUCUCGAGCGCUUUUGCCUGACGAAACCACAACAAAUGCAGUUUCUCUCGUAGCUUAGUUUGCGUAAAUCUAUUCGGCGCCUGUCGCAAAGUGCGAACGGAACUGAGUAAUGCAACAUUGUGUUAAAGUAAGUGAUGGGCAGUGAGUAGAGUUGCUGCCGUGUUCCAAAUCGGUUGGAUCACUGCCUCCACGGUCAUUGCUGUUCGGUGCAUAAGCGAUACACGUUAUAUGUGUGAUAUAUGUAUAUUCAUGUUCGGUUAGAACUGUAAAUAGAGGGACAUUGUGUGUAAGAAAUGCAGGCGGGGAAAAAUAGCUGGCGACGGCGAUGAUUGUUUUGGUAGAUCCAAACACAAACCAGAACACUGCCUUCAAGAUGGCGAUGGAGGUGAAUUACCGAUGCACUUCAACUAUUUGCCACCUGUUUCGGGGUGUUUUUCGCGCACGGUAACCGGCGGCACGGGAUUAUCGAUGUUUUAAACAAAGAUGCAAAGAUUUAGUAUAAGUGAAGGGAGCGAAAAGGGUAAGACAAAAACCAUCGCUCGCUCUGACCAUGUGUGUAGCGCAAAACGGCCGUUGUACUUACGCAGUGUGUACAGUUCAGCUUAAGGGCAUGUAGUGCUUAAGGUUAUUUAAAAGAUGCAUAGUGAAAAUGUAUUACAACAAGCAUAUAGUAAAUAUAACGAACAAUAGGACAGGAACGAACGUGAACGAGACAAUGUUUACAGUAAGGACCAAAAAAUGUGGAAAAGUUUUUGUUGUGAUGUACAUGUUUGCUGAGUGCUGAUAAAGAUGAACAAAGAAAGCGAACGGGACAUAUUCUGUUAACGUUUUGUCAGCGGAGAAGUUGUGCUCGUUGCAGUUAAAUGGUUCUAUGAACGUUGAAACGAUGAAACAAACGGAACAUUUCCAACCACCAAGGCAAGCGUUAUGAUGAGGCCAAACCGUGGUUGGGACUGUGUUGGGUAGACGAGAAGAGUCCAAACAGGUACGAUAUGGAUGAAGGGUUAGAGUAUAUUCAAAAGAUUAAAGCAAAACUAUUAUUAUAAAAAAUGGCAAAAUAGCGGAUGGUUGAGGAGCGAAAGUGAAGAAAAAUUUAUCGAAAAUAAAAUAUGUGAAAAUUAUAGUUCAAGAA